AUGUCCCUUCGUUUGCUUCCUUCUUUUCGAAGACAACAACUCGUGUUGGACUUCUCUGCUCUGAGAGGACAUUGUCCGGACGGGCUUUAUCUCUCACUUACUCCCGGCGACCCUUGCAUCUGGGCCGCGGUCAAUUUUGUGCGCAAAGGACCGUACGCAGGAGCGAUACUUCGCUUCCAAAUCUCUUUCCCAGACACGUAUCCCGACCUGCCUCCCCUCAUCACCUUUUCGACCGAUAUCUUCCAUCCUCUGAUCGUGCCUUUGACCACAUACACCUUCAGUGCUAGUAGCGUUGACGCAUCAGGCACUGUCAGCGCUUCAGAUGAGGAUCGCCUCCCUCCUGGAACGUUCAAUUUGCGUUAUGGAUUUCCUCACUGGUUCACAGCAACUGCUUUGAGAGAUGCCAGCUCCGGUAGUGCGAGCGAGCAAGGAGAUGCACGCUCUUUGACUCGUCAUCACUCGGGCUCUGACACUAAAGAAGGCAUCGAGAGUCCCCAGGUUGACCCAGAAUCAAAAGACCGCGGGAGUCUCAUUUUGAACUUAUUGCAACAUGUGCAAGACGCGUUUGAAGAUGAAGAUUUGCUAGACAGACUCCCUCUUGAGACUGUUGGAGAUCCAAGUGCGUGGCACGCGUGGCGUGCACAUCGUGGACUCGUGAUGCGGCAGAUCGAGCCUCAGACCCCUGUGCCCGAAGGCAAAGAUGCAGCCCCAUCAUCGCCCAAAAAUCCUGGAGAGUGGAAGUGGGAUGGUGUCUGGGAGUCAAGGGUGAGGAACGGUAUCGAAGCCAGCAUAAGUGAAGCGACCCUGUUCGGCAGUACUGGUGGCGGCCGAUCUGGUUCUGUUGCGAUGGACACCACAAGCAUGGAUCCGCACCAGAGGAUCCUCGCUGCGGCUGAUCGACAAAUCCGCUUCACAAAGCUAAGCGACGAGCAUUUCGAAAAAGUCAUGGACGAAAUAUCAGCCUCUGGCUCUCCUGUGCCGACCUGA